GUCGGGAGAUAAGGAUUCUUUGGCUGGGAGAAAGCCGACAGCUAAGCAAAGGUGGGGCAGUAUGUGUUCAUGUUCUCCCUGUCGAGGGUUUUUUCGUGACAAGUAUUUCUAUUCUCUCUAUAUCAAAGGCAAUCAUUUCCAACUUUUGGCCAAUCACGAGCAACGCAAUGGCUGAGUAUGACCUCUUGGUCCUGAACGGGCUGAUGGUGACGGUGGAUAAGAUGGGAGAAUUUGAUAUUGCAGUCAAGGAUGGGAAGAUUGCAAAGGUAGUCCAGAAAGGAGGUCUAGAUGGCGCUCAGGCCAAGAAGAUCAUUAACGCUCAAGGAGGAAUGGUCAUGCCUGGCGGAGUCGAUGCUCAUGUACACUUACAAGAACCUGCAUUAUUCGGGAAAGGUGAAAGCGCUGAUAGUUACGAGACCGGAACGAGAUCAGCGAUUUGUGGAGGAACAACAACUCUGAUCACAUUCGCACCUCAACGGAAAAGCGAGCCUUCGCUGCUCUCUGCUCUGGCAGCAACACACCAUCUAGCACGUGAUAAUUGCUACACGGAUUACUCUUUUCACCUAAUCUGUUCAAAUGCCGGACCGAAAGCAAUCUCAGAGUUUGCUGCACUCCGCGAAGAGGGGAUAUCAUCGCUCAAAAUAUAUAUGACAUACGAGGCUCUUCAACUCAAAGACUCCGAGAUCUUGGACGUACUAUUCGAAGCGAGAAAGCAGAAAAUUGUCACCAUGAUCCACGCAGAAAACGGAGCUAUCAUUGAUUGGACGAUUAAGAAACUGGAAGAGAAGAAACUAUUUGCGCCUAAGUACCACGUUACUAGCCAUCCUCCAGUUGCAGAAAUCGAGGCUACAUAUCGAGCCAUUUCACUUAGUGGUUUCAUCGAUGUCCCCAUUCUAAUUGUUCAUGUAUCGUCUCCAGCUGCAGCACAACAUAUAUCCGAGGCCCAACAGAAAGGCCUUCCAGUUUAUGCUGAAACUUGUCCACAGUAUCUUUUCCUUACCAGGAAAGAUCUCGAUAAGCCAGGUUUCGAAGGCGCGAAAUGUGUUUGCUCGCCACCGCCAAGAGAGGGGGAACAGGAUCACGAAGGUAUUUGGAAAGGUCUAGAAGAUGGAACUUUCACAGUACUUUCGUCUGAUCACUGCCCGUUCUUGUACGAGGAUACGAAUAUUGGCAAGAAGUCAGUUAUCAGUGCUGAACAUCCCAACGGUCACUUCAAAUACAUCCCCAAUGGCUGUCCAGGGGUCGAGACACGGCUGUCCUUGGCACUUUCAGCUAAUCGUCUGAAGCUUCAGAAGUUUGUUGAGGUUACUUCAACUAAUGCUGCCAAGCUAUAUGGCUUGUACCCCCGAAAAGGAGCCUUGAUCCCGGGAGAGAGUGACGCGGACUUGACGAUCUGGUAUCCGGAAAAGAACGAUUUCCAAUUGACGAAUUCGAUGUUGCAUCAUAAUGUCGAUUACACACCGUAUGAAGGGAAGACUCUCAAUCAAUGGCCUAGAUAUACAGUCUUAAGAGGUGAAGUCAUCUGGGCGAGGGACGAAGGAGGCUUGAUUGCCAAAAAGGGUGUAGGCCAAUUCUUGAAGCGUGACGUUAGCACUCUGGCUGGAAGUAGGAGUCACGGGGAAUGGAGUGUUGAAGAUUUCUAAUUUUUGUCGAUCAAAUUGUAUUAGAACAGAACAAUCUUCAAGUGACAGGAAAGGAAGGAAAUUGUGAUCGAAGUGAGAAGCGAGAACCAAAUGCGGCGUAGCUUCAUAUAUUACCCCACCUCCUUUUGGAUGACCG